AUGAUACAACACGACGAAGCUCUGGCCAACUUGUCUAAAUGUUCCAAUGUUUUCCUACAAACUUUAACCAUUCUUGUGAGAGGAGAAACCACUAAACGUAAAGCUCGAGCCAUCAUUGAUUCUGGAUCUCAGCGGUCGUAUAUUCUGAAAGCAACAGCUGAAGAAAGGAAUAACAAGGCCAAAAGGAGAGAGUAUUUACAACACUCACUGUUCGGUGGUUCCAAUACCUCAACCUGCCAACAUGAUGUAUAUAUGAUAUAUUUGUCAAGCGUUUCCGAGGAGUAUAGCUGCCAUUUUGAAGUGCUCGGACAGGAAGUGAUUUGUGACUCAAUAUUGUCUAGAAAACGAGGGUCACAUUUUAAAGAACUUAGAGAUUACAACAUUCAUUUGGCAGAAGAUUUGGAUGGUCCGAUUGAAAUUCUCAUAGGAGCUGAUGUUGCAGGAAAGCUGAUUACCGGAAACCAUCUCCAAAUGAAAAAUGGAAUCACUGCCAUUGAAACAAAGCUAGGUUGGACGGUUAUAGGACGUGCCAAUAGUGAGAAUACAAGCUUAUUAAUCACUUCAAUGCUCACGACAAGUGCUUGCAUAACAGAUUUGUGGACUCUUGACUCUCUUGGUAUCACAGACCCAUCUGAAAAGAAGACGGCGGUUGAAUUACAAGAAGCAGCGAGGCAGCAUUUCUUAGACACAGUUAAAAUAGAGAACAAUAGGUAUAUUGUGAGUUUACCUUGGAGUGAAGAUCAUCUUCCACUUCCUGACAAUUUUGAACUUUCUGAGAAGAGAUUACACAAAGUUGUAAAGAGACUUAAAACCGAAGGACUGUUCGAAGCCUAUGGAGCAGUAUUUAAAGAGUGGUUGGAAGAAGAUAUCAUAGAAGAAGUGACUAAAGACGAGGUUAAUAUCUCUGCACAUUAUUUACCACACCGUCCUGUUUUGAAGGAGAAUAGUACCACCAAAAUCAGACCUGUAUUCGAUGCUUCCGCCAGACAGAAAGGUGCCCCUUGCCUCAAUGACUGUUUAGAAACUGGAGUUAAUUUGAUUGAAUUGAUACCAAAUAUCUUAUAUCGUUUUCGGUUGGAAAAAAUUGGAGUUAUUGCUGAUAUUCGCAAGGCCUUUUUGCAAGUUUGUCUGUCACCUUCAGAUAAAGAUUUUUUGCGUUUUCUGUGGAUUGGAGAAGAUGGUAAAUUGAAGUACUUUAGACAUUGUCGUGUAAUUUUUGGUGUGUCAUGCAGUCCCUUUUUGCUUGGAAUUGUUAUUAUGCACCACUUGCAAGAGGUCUUAAACCAUCAAGAUAAGAAAUAUCCAGAGAGGAUGGUAAAAUUGUUAAUGCAGAGUUUUUAUGUGGAUAAUUGUGUGACAAGUGUGCCAAACGAGAAAGAGCUUGAACUCUUCAUUGAGGUUGCGACCAAUGUCAUGGCUGAGAGAAGUUUUCAACUAAGAGGCUGGGAAAGCACAUGUUUAAAGGAUAGAAGCGCUCCUGUCACGAAUGUUUUAGGAUUACAGUGGGACAAAGGUCUGGAUACUUUGGGUAUAAAUAAGAACAGCCUGAAGGAACUUUGUGUAGAGAAUGUGACGAAGAAAACUAUUCUUUCCGCAUCUCAUCGUAUCUUCGAUCCUAUUGGUGCAACUUCUCCUGUUGCAUUGUUUCCAAAACUUCUGCUACAGAAAACUUGGGAGCGAAAAUUGAAUUGGGAGGAAGAAGUGGACUCCAAUACUAGAGAAGAGUUUCUGAAGUGGAUGAGAGACAUAUUUCAUCUCGAAAAGGUGCAAAUUCCUCGACAUUUAAAAACUGGUGAUGCGAAUGAGAAAUGUUCCUUGCAUUUUUUCAGUGAUGCGAGCAUGUAUGCUUAUGCAGCAGUAGCUUUUCUUCGAGUUGAGACGAGUGAGUAUGUCAAAGUUCAGUUGUUAAGUGCUAAAGCCAGAGUUUCCCCAACGGGAAAGAAGAAGACCACUAUUGCAAGACUAGAGUUAUUGGCGGCUACAAUCACUGCACGCCUUGCCUCAUCUAUCACAAAAGAGAUCCCACAUGAAAAAAUCUAUUUGUGGUCCGAUUCAACGACAGUGAUUGGAGAGGUUCGAUAA